CAGCCCCCUCAUCUACAGCGCAGCGUUUUCCUCGUGUGAUCGUUAUAUUUGUUCAAAUAAUUGCUCUCAUGGGCAAAUAUUGCUUAAGGCCGUGUGUGAUCGAACGCAUCCCCCAGUUUCCAGUGUAUUGAUGUAGCCGGAGAGGAGCCGCCUGCCGUGCAGCCAGGAAACCAGCGCAGCUGCUCCAGUGAGGACCGGGAACGUCGCCGUGGCGUCAGGCACUGGUGUGCCUCUGUCGCUUCAGUUACACCAGGGGUUAUUCCGGUCAAAUGAUCUCAAUGGCAGCAUCAUCUCCUAACAGAAAUGACGGCGUGGCUCGGAUGUCAGCGCGCAGAAGGAUCCGUGUGUCGUUCAGGAUGGCCCAGGACAAGUGAAACCUGGAUGCGGAGAGAGGGGUGAGCGGUAACGUGAUGCUCCCCGUUAGGUUACAGGACUGAGCUGUGCCGGGAGAGAAACUGCCUUUGUGGCCUCUCUGUUUCGCUCUCCCUGUCCCACCUGCCCGUGUUCUCCUCGUUCCCUGUGCUCGCGGGGAAGGUGGCAGCCUCUGGCACACUUCUCAGCGAGUCUCGCGCUUUUAUCUCCUGGUUCGCUGUGACGGAAAUGCCAAAUGCCAGUGGUGGCUGUCGGGCUGGUCCCACCUCCGCGCUUGCCUGAGGCACAGCCAAGAGACAUGGUUGUUUAAACGUGGGCUGGUUGGUUGGAAAUUGGGAUGCGAUGCCCGAUUAAAGCCAAGAAAGUCCAAAUUACGUAAAAACGGCGGGAGGAGACAUGCAGGCACUGCUGUCCUCGUGAAAGGAGGCGUUUUUGGUUCUGGACAGGGCAGCACAGCGGAGACUGGGAUUUGUUUCUAGUAAGGAAUGCAACUGGAUGUGGCUUGGAUGAAUUGCAUAUUUGUCUUCUGUCUAAUCUCUGUUGAAUUCAAGCUGUGGCUGGAGUAUCUUGGGACAGUGUGCUCAGGGGACAUCUCCUCCUCCCUCUUCCUCUGAGACUGCUUUUCGAGUCUGUGCCCUGGGUUUUCGCAAGCUGUGAGACUCCUCUUCUUGCUGCAGCUCUCUUCCCCACUCUUCUUCAGCGGCCAGCUCUUCAUCUGCUUAUCUGGCAGCUUAGCAUGAUCUGAAGAUACAAUCCCUGAUGUCCUUCUGGGUAUGACCUUGUGUUUGUGCUGUGCUUGGGCACCUCCGGCCCUCUGAACCCAGCUGCUAGCAGGCAGCUGAGAUCUGCCUUUCUCAGUGACCAGGAAGGACCCAGUCUAGUUCAACACUGCUGACAACAGUCAUCUUGUGCAGGUCGUGAGCCCUAUCAGGAACUAACUGUCGGAGCUAACUCUGUGCUUUUUCCCCAGCGCUACUGGAGCAGUUGGUCCAGAGAUCUCCUCUUUGCAAGGCUUUGGACACCUCUUCCUCUGCCUGCAUACUUAUGAAGAGUCAGUGCUGGGCACUAAGUGCAGCUCAGCCCAACCCAGCUGAUGUGUAUGAAUUUCUUCUGUGUUAAAGUUGGGCCAGAACCAGUUUCAAGGCAGCUGAACGAAGCAACUCCCACUCUCCCGGCUCCAUGGCUGCUGUGCGCGAGUGGUCCUGCACCCGCUGCACCUUCCUGAACCCCGUGGGCCAGCGGCAGUGCUCCAUAUGCGAAGCCCCUCGCCAGAAGCCAGACCUCAACCACAUCCUGCGGCUGAGCGUGGAGGAGCAGAAAUGGGCCUGUGCCCGCUGCACCUUCAGGAACUUUCUGGGCAAAGAAACCUGCGAGGUGUGCGGCUUCACACCGGAGCCGGGGCCCAGCGGCUCCCCCUUGCCUGUCAUCAAUGGCGUCUUGCCCAAGCCCACCGUGCUUGUGGAGCCCAAGGGCACGUCCCGGGAGGAGGCCGCCAAGGUGGAAAGCAGCAGCGAGGAUUCGGAGGGGAAGAGCCCUGAUGAAGCAGAGCUGGAGAGCGGCUGGGCUUGCCAGCGCUGCACGCUGCACAACACGCCGGUGGCCAGCUCCUGCUCGGCCUGUGGUGGGCCACGCAAGCUCUCCCUGCCCAAGAUCCCACCAGAGGCGCUGGUCGUCCCUGAAGUCAUCACCCCUGCAGGCUUUCACAUGGCCCCCUCCACCCCGCAGCCUUUGGUCCCUGCAGAGGUCUCUGAUGGCGACGCCGUGGCCGCCCAGGGCCCGGUGGCUAUGGAACAAGAGGCCCAGAAGAUGCCGGCCUUCAGUCCCUUCUCCCCGGGGCUCCAGAACAACCCCGUGCCCCGAAGCCGCCGGGAGGUGCCCCCGCAGCUGCAGAUGCCGGGGCCCGAAGCGCCGCAGCCCGGGGCUCAGAGCGCGGCGGGGCAGAAGGGCUCCCCGCAGGGUCAGGCCCGGGCCGCCCCGGCUGCCCGCUUCCAGGAGCUGCUGUCCAACAAGCGGCUGAGCGUGCUGGAGGAGGAGAUGGAGGUCAGCCCGUCCCACUGGAAGUGCAGCACCUGCUCCCUGCUCAACUCCUCCGGCACCAGCAAAUGCGAGGCCUGCAGCACGCAGAAAGGCAGCGACACCAUCAACUUGGUGGGGGACUUGGUGAGGUUCACCCCCUGCAGCCCCUCCAGCCCCGACUUCACCACCUGGUCCUGUUCCAAGUGCACCCUCAAGAACCCCACCGUGGCCCAGAAGUGCAAAGCCUGCGGCUCCUCCAAGCUGCACGGCUUCCAGGAGCACGGCGCGCAGGGCGAGCCGUCCCCCCGCUGCCCCGAGUGCGGGGCUUGCGACAAGGGCGGCUGCUCCUCCUGCGGCAGCAAGGCCCCCUCCGCCCGCAAGGUCGCCCGCCUCUUCCCGUCCCCGCUGCCCGGAGCCCAGGACAGGCCGGGCCAGUGGGCUUGUCCCGCCUGCACCCUGCUCAACGAGCUGAAGGCCAAGCACUGCGCGGCCUGCCACACCCCGCAGCAGUACGUGGCCCAGCGCAAGGGCCUCAAGGCCCUCAAGAGGAGGGAGAGCAUGCACGUGGAGAAGAGGAGGCAGACGGACGAAGGAGAGGCCAAAGCCCUGUGGGAGAACAUCGUGACCUUCUGCAGGGAGAACAAAGUCAAUUUUGUAGAUGACAGUUUCCACCCUGGGCCCAAGUCUGUGGGAUUCCCGGAAGGUGACAGCGUGCAGCAGCGGGUGAAGCAGUGGCUGCGACCCCACGAAAUCAACUGUAGCAUCUUCAAAGACCGAUUGUUGAAGUGGUCAGUGUUCCGGACGCCCAGGUCCUCAGAUAUUCUCCAAGGACUGCUGGGAAACUGCUGGUUCCUGAGCGCCCUGGCCGUGCUGGCCGAGCGGCCGGAGCUGGUGGAGAGGGUGAUGAUCACGCGGACGCUGUGCCCCGAGGGCGCCUACCAGGUGCGGCUGUGCAAGGACGGCACGUGGACCACGGUGCUGGUGGACGACAUGCUGCCCUGCGAUGAGUGCGGCUACCUCCUCUUCUCGCAGGCCCAGAGGAAGCAGCUGUGGGUCGCCCUCAUUGAGAAGGCGCUGGCCAAGCUUCACGGUUCGUACUUUGCCCUCCAGGCGGGGCGUGCUAUCGAAGGCCUGGCUACACUAACGGGUGCCCCCUGCGAGAGCCUGAUGCUGCAGGUCAGCUCCACUAACCCCCGCGAGGAGCCCAUUGACACUGACCUCAUCUGGGCCAAAAUGCUGAGUUCUAAGGAGGCUGGGUUCCUCAUGGGCGCGUCCUGCGGCGGGGGCAACAUGAAAGUGGACGACGUGGCCUACGAGAGCAUGGGUCUCCGUCCACGGCAUGCCUACUCCAUCCUGGACCUGCGGGACGUCCAAGGCUUCAGACUACUGCGGCUCCGAAACCCCUGGGGCCGCUUCUCCUGGAACGGCAGCUGGUCCGACGAAUGGCCCCACUGGCCUGCUCCCCUCCGUCAUGACCUGAUGCCCCAUGACAACAGCGAGGGGGUCUUCUGGAUGGAGUACAGCGAUUUCAUUAAGUAUUUUGACUCCGUGGAUAUCUGCAAGCUCCAUUCAGACUGGCACGAGGUGCGUGUGCAGGGCAUGUUCCCCAACAAGGCCAACGGGCCGGUGACGGUGACAUCGCUGACGGUGUUGGAGCGUGCCGCCCUGGAGUUUGCCCUCUUCCAGGAGGGCAGCAGACGGUCGGACACGGUGGACAGCCACUUGCUGGAUCUGUGCAUCAUGGUUUUCCGGGCCACCUUCACCAGUGGCAACAAGCUGAGCCUGGGCCGGCUGAUGGCUCACAGCAAACGGGCCGUCAAGAAGUUCGUCAACUGCGACGUCAUGCUGGAGCCGGGCGAGUACGCCGUCGUGUGCUGUGCCUUCAACCACUGGAGCACUGUGCUGGCUGGCCCCGCCGCCGCCCAGGUGUCCAGUCCCACCAGCAGCCGGCCGGCCACCGAUUACUCCAGCUAUAUCCUGGCCAUCUACAGCUCGCGCCAGGUGAUGGUGGAGCAGAUGGAGGCGCAGCCCACCACGCUGGCAGAUGCCAUCAUCCUGCUGACCGAGAACAAGGGCGAGCGCCACGAGGGCCGCGAGGGGAUGACGUGCUACUACUUGACGCAUGGCUGGGCAGGGCUCAUCGUGGUGGUGGAGAACCGGCACCCCAAAUCCUAUCUGCACGUCCAGUGCGACUGCACCGACAGCUUCAACGUCGUCUCUACACGUGGCAGCCUCAAAACGCAGGACAGCGUCCCUCCCCUGCACAGGCAGGUGCUGGUGAUCCUCUCCCAGCUGGAGGGUAACGCCGGCUUCUCCAUCACCCACCGCCUGGCGCACCGCAAAGCCACCCAGGCCUUCCUCAACGACUGGAUGUCGACGAAAGGCACCCACAACCCGCUGCUCACACCCGAGGUCGCCGGGCUCCAUGGGCCCCGGCCCCUAUGACGAAGCGCUGCCCCCUCCCUGCUCCUCUCCCCUGUGAUUUUCACCCAGCCUCUGGCCUGGGGCUGCCCCCGAGCUGUCGGCGCUGAGCCGCGGGGCAGAGCCUGAGCAUCACACCGAGCACUUUGCCCUCUCAGGGCCAGGACCAGCUCUGCCGGCCGCCCCCACGGCACUUUACGAGGAGCAGCUGGGGGCACGGGGCCAUCUCAGGAUCCCACCUGCCCCAUACCCCGCUGGGGCCGGUGCCCUCGGCCAGCCCUGGGCACGCAGCAUGGCAGUGGGGGGCUGCAGGAGAGGGGGGGGCUGGAGGUUGCUGUCAAUGCCCUUCCCAGGCACCACGCUCAGGACUCUGCCCCCUCCUGCGGUGCCGGGGCCCUGGCGCUGCAAAAAAAAACAACAACAACAAAAAAGAAUAUACCUCUAAUGUCUGUCCGUCUGUGUGACCCUCCGUCUGUCCCUGGGCCCUUCCCACUGUCUUGUCCCCCCUGUUGUCUGCUGCCAGGACUGAGUGGGCACCGAGGCACCGCAGCUGGGCCGGGGGUGGUGACCCCCACCCCGUGCCGGGGCUGGGAAGGGCACUGGGUUGUCGCAGGAAGCUGUUGCUGUCGGUUUUCACCACACCUCGGGACGAAAUGAAGACAUGCGCUUCCCCACCCCUGCUCCGGGGUCGCGAGCAGGGCUGGGGGCGAUGCUCCGUUCCCCCCCCACCUCAUCGCAGUGUUACUAUGCAAAGGCGGCCGCUGGAAGCAGCGCCUGGAGAGAAGCCAUGCGGCCCCAGCGGGGCUCGGCCCCCCGCGCUGCCCUGGGGGAUCUCCCCCCACCAUCCCCUGCCCUGCGGAGGUGCGGGGCGAGGGGCAGCAGCGGUGCCACGGGGCAGCAGGGGCAGAGCCGGGGUCCGGAGAGCAGCACCCAGGGGGUGGCUCUGCCACAUGGCCCUGCCCCAGGGAGACGGGGAGUGAUUUUGGGGGGGAGGCAGCAGUGGGCCCCAUCCUUCGGAGGGGUGGCAGGCGGCACAAGGCGAAGGUUUGUAAGAACCUUGGGUGCUGCUGCGUCCCUGCAGGGGCUUCGUGGCGAGGCUGACCUCGUGUUCGUCGGGCUUGGCAUGGGUGUGUGUCUGUGUGUUCGUCUGCUGGGGUCCACCAGUGCUGCCCCCCCCACCCCGGGCCCCACUGGGGGCAGGGGGAGAUGCUGGGGGGCUCCGUGCUGGGGGGCAGCCUGUGACAGCAGGGGCUGCGUGGGUCUGUCUGGCCUGUCCGUCUGUCCCCUCCCAGCCCUGAGGUGCUGGGGCAGGGGCUGGGGAAUGCUGAGCCAAGCUCUGGCUGUGGUUAUUUUUGUUCAUUGCUCUGUUUUCUCUCUUCCCCGCUCCUUCCUCCUCGGGAUGAUUUGUCCUUCACUUUUUCUCUCUGUCUUUGUGAGCUGUGAAUAUUUUUAACCCUGUAAAUACUGUCCAGCUCUUAAGAAACAUAGGAUAUUUUAUCAAUUGUAAAUCAGAUCAGUACUCCCUGUAUGAUAUGAAUUAUCCAUGGGUGGUUUUCAAACUCAGGUUCUGACGGACCAAAUAAAGUUUUGUUUUUUACUG